AUGGGAUUCUAUGGUUGGAAUCGUUGCCAAAAUUUGAGAGAUGGUAGAAAUCCGGGGUGUUGCAUCAUGUUUCCCCAGCAUCUGCAGUCAUCUGGCUCUGACGAGCCGCCGCCGCCGUCGUGGAUCAGGGAGAUGCUGAUCUCCAUGGACCACGCCUCCCGCUCCUACACAUACCUGAUGGAGGACGGCAACGUCAGCCUCACCGGCUCCCGCAACACCGUCAGCCUCUUCGACUACGGCGGCGGCGACGACUCGGGCACGCUGGUGGUGUGGAACUUCGAGAUCGACCCGGUGGACGGCGCCAACGAGGACGCCCUGCUCGACUACCACCGCAUCCUCUACAAGUCCUGCAUCGACACCAUCCCUUGUGCUAUCAACUUCCUUGUCACUAGUAUCAACUUCCUUGUUGAUUUGUCAUAAAACUAGAGGCAGCAAUC